CUUCGAUCCGUUCCAAGAAACCUCCCUGCUUUCUCAGAGGGCCGCUGUGCCGUACCCCCUCGUCCCAUUCCCCUCUGCGUGCCGCAAGUCAGGAUCACGCAGAGCAUGGCCUUCACAAGCACUGGAGGCCAGGCGGAGGUCCAGACGGCAGUGACCUUGAUGCUCCUGGACAAGUUGCCGAUUUUGCAGGAUCAGCUGGUGGUUGAGGUGUCUGAGGCCGCGGGCGGGAAGAUGUCCAGCAGGAGGCUGACGCUGACUGUCGCCACGGACUGGGAGGUGGACUACAUGGUGAAGUGUGGGUAUUACAGCGACGCUUCGUACAUCAUGGAGAUGGACAUGGUCGACUCGUCGAAUACCACCGUGCAGGACCUGUGUGACAUCAUGGAGGACCACGGCAUGUACCUCUACGAGGACUCGAUGAAGAUGGGGGCCAUCUCGAUGACGGAGAUGGGGGCCACCACGAGUGCCACGGGGCCGGCGAGCACGACCACCACAGCCACGGCGGUCGCGGACCUGGCCGACCCGGCAUCUUCGCUGACGCAGACAUCGCCGACGCAGACAUCGGCCACGUUCAUGUCACGGGUUCGUCUACAUCGCUGA